CCCGGACGUGUGUGCACAUACGUAUGUCGGUACGCAAAUUUCAAACUUGCGCGGGUUUCUACUUUUGCGCCGAGCAGUUUUAGCAAUGAUAACGACAUAACUGCAUGCUGAAAACUGACGUUUUAUAGCAAGUUCUGUACUUUGUUCCCUGCUUUGACUGAUUUACCAAUGUUGUGAACUGUGCAUGCAGGAUCAUGGCUGGAAAAGACAAGGAAGCGAUAGUGAUGUUAUUAGAUGUUGGUCCAUCCAUGAAUCAAGCACCACAAGGCCACACAACAUCUUUGGAGACCGCUAUUGAAAUAAUGACAUUGAUACUACAAAGAAAGUUAUUCGCUGAGUCCAAAGAUGAAGUUGGACUUGUUCUGUUUGGUACAGAGGGAACUGCUAACCAUUUGUCCGAUGAUGGAUAUGAAAAGAUCACUGAAGCACGACCUGUAGCCCCUGUGAAUUUAGACUUGAUUAAACAUAUCAAGACCGACAUCAAACCGGGACCACAGUCUGCUGAUUAUGUCGAUGCACUUAUUGUUGCAAUGGAUCUUUUGAAGAUGUUAACACCUAAUAAGAAGUUUACAAGUUUGCGUCUGCUACUUUUCUCUGAUCUAGAAGGACAGUUCAGUGAUGAUAAACUACAAACAGUCAUUGCUGGCCUAAAAAACAUGAAAGUACAGGUGAAUUUCAUUGGACCCAAGUUUGAGGAUGAGGAUGAGGAAGAGGGAGGAGAUGAUAAUGGACCAUCAACAAGUGAUGGAAGGAGCACCAGUAGCAACAGGAGGACAGCAGACAAAGCUAAGACACCACAACAAAGAGCGGGAGAAGCUUUAAUCAAACACAUCUUAGAUCAAGUGGAUGGAGAACACUACUCAUUCAAUGAGACGUUGCCUCUUCUAAGCGUAUUUGAAAAACGUGCAGUUAAGCAAACAGCUUGGAAGUGUAUGCUUGAGAUUGGCACUGAUUUCAAAGUACCGGUUUGCGGAUAUGUGAAGGUUAAAAAGAGUACCCAAAAAUCUUGGAAAACCAUGUAUAUGAAAGGAAAAGGAAAGGAAUAUACCCCGAAGACAAUACGCUCCCAACAUCUGAACAAUGAUGAAGAAACGGAGGUAGAGACUCAGGAGAUAGUGGAAGGGCAUCGCUAUGGUAAUGACAUUAUACCAAUUUCUGAAGAAGAUAAAGUUAACAUGGGGUACAAACCUCCCGGUAAACUGAUGCAAGUGCUUGGCUUUACUAAACAAGAAAACAUCAAGUGGCAUCAACAACUUGGUAACAGUGUUUACUGCUUCAUAGCUGACCCUGGUGAUCAGCAUAGUAGUGUAGCAAUGUCAGCUAUCAUUAAUGCAUUGUAUGAGACCAACUCUGUAGCUAUCGUCCGCAGAACCUACUCAGUGAGAAGUAACCCUCGUCUUGCCUGCCUCAUUCCUCACAUUAAGGCUAAAUAUGAGAGUUUGCUGUAUGUCGAGCUGCCAUUUAUGGAAGAUAUUCGACAGUAUACAUUCUCAUCUCUGAAUGCAAAUAAGAAGACCAAGUUAACCGAUGAGCAAGUUAGUGCUGUUGAUGAUCUUAUUACAAGCAUGGAUCUGAUGAAGGCAGAUGUAGACGAAGAAGGAGGCUGCCAAGAAGCUGUCAAACCUAAACUAAACUUCAAUCCUUACUAUCAGAGGUUAUGUCAGUGUUUAAUGCAUAGAGCUCUGAAUCCUGACGACCCGUUGCCUCCUCUACCAUCUGAUGUUACGGCGUAUCUACAACCUCCCACUGCAGUAGCUGCUCAAUGCCAGUCAGAGGUCAACAAGAUUAACAACUUAUUCAAACUGGAACGAAUAAAGAAACAGGAUACAGCAACUGCAGAUAGCAUUUGGAAGGACAGUAACAUUGAUACAGAAGGUCCUUCAAGCAAAAGACCACGUCUUGACGAUGGAGGAGACUUCAGUAUGGCAGGCAUGGCUAAAGGGGCCGUCACUAAGAUUGGUACUGUAGAUCCUAUUGGUGAUUUUAAGGCCAUGAUCAGCCAGAAGGAUGAACAUCAUGUCAAACAAGCUUCAGAUCAAAUGCAGGAUGGCAUUAGCAAGUUGAUUCAUGAUUCAUUUGGUUCCCAAUUCUACAGUAAAGCAAUGGAUUGCCUCAAAGUGUUUAGGCAAGAGUUAAUCAAGCUCCAAAAACCUUGUGUUUUUAAUGAUUAUAUGAGAAGACUCAAAGAUGAAUUGAAAGAAAACAGCAAAAUGGAUUUCUUUGAGUUAAUUCAGUCAGAAAGGAUCAAGUUGAUUGAUGCUUCAGAGAGCAGUCAGAGUAAAGUGUCUAUUGCAGAAGCUGCCAAGUACCUUGAAGUUGAUUCCAAAGAUGAAGUGAUUUCUACAGAGGAGCAGGACGAAGAUGCAGAUGAUCUGUUGGGAAUGAUGUAGCCAAACAGUCUUGAUGAUGUCUACUUACAUUGUUGGCUGCAAGGGAAUAGACUCUGGACAGUAGCAAUGUAUGACAACACUGCUGCUGCUACGAUUGGUCAAGUUAGGUUUCUAUUAUGUAAGGUUAGCUAGAAUAUCUGCAUUUCACUCUAGACAACUGUAACCAAGAUUCAACCAAAUUCUUUGACUUGAUUUGAUUUGAUUUGAUAGAAAGAAGAUUUGAGGCUCUGUAGACAACCAUAACAAUGACAUUACAUAUUUACAAAAGAGCAAACUAAGCUUAGUAUAAGCAUGGAGGAAGGAAGAGAAGGAGCUCGAACGAAGGGACUUUAAAAGUCGAACCUGUGGUACCGCAGUCGUUAAACGACACCUCGUAAACACCCACAUACCUUAUACAGACAAUGGGCGACCUGGCGUAUGUGAGUUUGCGGAAGAAGUUAAUGGAAGAACUUGAAAUUUGAACUUGAGUUUUGGUGGCAAAUUUCAUUUUUAUUUGUUAUACCUUUUUAGCACACGAUGUUACACUGCAAAAAUUUAUAAAUUCCUUUAUAAAUUAAACAAGCUUUCUUUUCAUCCAAUGUGGUACAUCAUGUGUUAUGUUUAAAAUAUGUUGGGUUUAAUCCUUUGUCAUAAUUAAAAAGUGAAAUGCGUGUUAUUUACUAGGUUGUGAGUGCUAAAGGAUUAAAGUCACUGGACACUAUUGGUAAUUGUCAAAGACCAGUCUUCUCACUUGAAAUAGCAAACCAGUGAAAU